GUCAAAAACUCAAAAUAAUAUCCAAAUUGCCGAAUUGGCAAUCUAUGCCCAUGGUUUGGCCAUGCAUGGAUUUGUUGCAGACGAAAUUGCAAAGCACGAUUUCGUGAAGGUAAAAAACUGAAAACUGAAAAUGAGCGGUUCAGGCGGCUCAGGAGGAAAUCCAUCAGAUCUCGUAAAAAAACUAGCCCUCAAAGCAGCGAUAUCGCCUUUAAAUGCCAGUAAAUCAGGGAGACUACCUUCUUUGCGUGGUGAAAGGGAUCUUAGCCUAGGUGGGAGUUCCAGACCAAAUUUAAAUUCUGUGUCAAGUGCUGAUAAAGGUGCUGCUAAACCAAAGAAGGAAUUCAAACCUACGAUCCCAGUUAGGCGCACAAAAACUCAGGAGGCACCAUUGAAUGUUGACAACUCUGCAGAAUCUUCUAGUAAUGGCAGAGGGCGAGGUGGUAGAAGAGAUGAUAACCGGGGAAGAGGAAGAGGCAGAGGAAAGAAAUGGGUUAAGAGCGAAGGAGCACUUUUUGGACAAGGAGUAUGUGAUUCGAAUUCAAAAAUGAAAAGUUCAUCAUCAGCAUAUGCUGACAGAGAGGGUGGAGGCUCUUCUGGUGGGUUAGAAAAACCACGACUGAACACUCAGAAUUCCAAAGUGAACAAGGAAGAGGAAGAUGCUGCUCUGAGUGCAUUGCUAAGAGAUGAUUUCUUGGAUGAUUCUGAACUGGGUGAUGGUUUUGACAAUAACAUGGUAAUGCAGCCCAUCCAACUACCAAAAUCAAGUUUAGAUGUAAGUGUAAAGGAAGAAGGUGAAAAUAUUGGUAUAAAAUCUGAAAGCAAACCAGCCAUCACAGUAGAAGGAGGGGUAACCAGUAUGUUCAAGCAAGAGAAGGAUGAGAAAAAACCAAUUCCGACUCCUAAAGCAUCUUCUUACCAGCGACGUCUGAAACCUUCUCAAGUCACAGGAGAACACAUUUUCGAAAAUGAGGGUGAAUUACUGUUCAUUCAGUUACCAGAUGUGCUGCCAAGCCUGAAAUCGGAUAAGGAACGUCCUCAAGUUAAAAACGAACCUGGGACAGCAAUUCAAGAGAAAGUCGUUGAUCACUCCAUUUCUGAAGCAAAACCUGAUAAAGAAAGCGUUUUUGAAGAUAUUCCUGAAGGUCGAUUAGGAACUCUACGCAUCCAUAAAUCAGGGAAGAUAACUUUGCAAAUGGGAGAACAUUCUUUUGUGUUGGAUAGCGCUACCCAAGUGUCUUACUUACAGGAUUUGAUUUCCGUUGAGUUUGAUGCAGAAGAUAAGACCGGCAAAAUGAGAGCACUAGGACCAAUCAAAUACAAAACUGUCUGUUUACCUGAUUGGGAUGAACUAAUUGCUGAUUCCUAAUAUUCCUUACUUAUUGUCAUUGUUCAAUUUAAUGCUGCGAAAUUUCGAAUAAAAUUCGGCGAGUGAUA